AUGGCGCACACCGCCCCUCCGCCCUGGGCCGGCCCAUUCAUCUUUUUUUUCCUUCUCUUUUCUGUUAAACUUCAUGAAAGGAUAAACAACUACCUUGAAUGUGUUCUUAAUGAAGUGAAAUCUGCAUUAGGUUCUUCUGCUGAGGAUGUCGAGGAUGAAUACGGGUGCCAAGAUACUGUCCCACCAGUUACUCAGGAGUCUUCCAGUGGCCCAGGCUUGAAGACCAUAUCGGCAAUUGUUCUAGGUGCUGCGUCUAGGAAUGCAUGUGAAAGUCCUCAAAUCAGUCAGGGUACCAGUGUGAGGGGGGAGAUAAUGCCAAACAAUGCGGAGCACGUGCAGGUUAUUCAACAAUCCACCCAGGAAAUCAAGGCUUUCAUUCAUGAUGCUGUUAGAAGAAAUCUGAUUGCCCCAGACUGUGCACGGGACCUGGUUUUCAAAAUAGAUGAGCUGGGCAAGUGUACUUCAAGGGCCGUCUCUCGAAAUGGAACCCGCAUUUUUACAUUGAAUGGAUUGAAGAAGAGACUGAAACUACCAGACUUUAGUUCUCUACCAGACAAGAUUAUAGCUUUUGGUGGUUCAUUCCAUUCUGUUAUAACCAUUACUGGAGCUGCGUACCGUGUAUCUAAAUCUGAUGGCCCAGGAUAUUUUCAUGAUGUCGGGAAAGAGGCAUUAGAACUGAUCAGGGAUCCUUUUUACCUACAAAACCAUGUUUGGAAUUCUGGUCGUAAAUCUUCUCUGAUAUGUGGCAGUGAAUUUACAACUAGCCAAAAAUUGGUGAAGAAAUUGAUGUUGAGUUUCAAGAAUGAUGGCUCCUUCAUGUGUUUCAAAGCUUCUGUUAUCGAUCCCCUUGAAGAUGUUCCUGUAAAUGACCCAGAACAUGAUGUGGCUGUCAAUGACAUUCCUGAUAUGGAAGAUCCUAAUUCUGCACAGUUAUUGGUGGAGAAGAUUGUUGGUCCUGAUGUGAAUACAAUGUUAUAUCUGCCCUACUCUCUUAAAAAAGCAAAAGUUGAAUUCCAGCUACAUCAACCUUAUCAUGGGUCUGUUCUUAGCAUUGGUUUGAACAACGAAAGGAUGCCUUGCAUAUCUGUUUCGAGCUUAUGUGGCCUGCAGGAUAUCUGUUUGGGAGGUGUUGACAGCCUUGCUUUUGGGGGCCAAUUGAAAAUAAACGAGUCCAAGUCAUGGUUCAGUGUUUCUGCUGGGUUGUCAGUCCGUGCUGAAUUGUUCAGUGCUGGCCUAACUUUUAAACAACCUGUUCAGUUUGAUUAUACUUUCUGCAGCAAUAUUCUCAAUACAAGCACUGUAUUAGGUGGCCUGGCUAGCUAUAGCUAUCUGACCAAUCAAUGGAAAUUGAUUGGCGGAAUUGGUCACACUUUUGACCCCACAUUGAAUAUCAAAGGGCGUAUUGGUAAUGAUAAAACUGUCAAUGCUCUUAUCUCUAAGAAGUUCGCUGGCAAGGGCAGUCUUCAUUUUGCAUCGGAGGUUGAUUUAAAGGAUUUUUGGAGAUAUCCUCGGGUUGGAGGAAGCUUCAUGCUGAAGCAGUUGGGGGUAGCGUUUCUGAAUUGCUGAUGGUAGGCAAUACAAGUCACUGAAGACAGAAGUGUUCAAUUGCUAAGGUUCUGUAUGGUGUAGAUGUCCGCAAACCCUAGACUAAUUUUGUACAGCUGUGGUAUUAGUGUUCACACUAAACACAGAUACUCUGAGCACUCAACCUGGGGGGAUUUCGACCCUGGGGUGUUUUGCAUGUGUAUAUUAGCUCAAGGGCAGGUUUUCCUGUGAAGUAGCUCAAGGAUGGUCUCGAGGCUGCUUUUGCUUGUCGAAAUUUGCUCAUGGAUGGUCUGUUUGUGUUCUAUGUUUCCCCUUGCAAACAUCUAGCCUGGUGGUGCUAAAUUUGCAGUUA